UUGGUCGACAGGCCUGUCAGUAACGUUGCCCUUACCGCCCACUUCCGCCCAGUUUCUGAAGCAGUACAAUCCCGAUUGUUUAUGUUCCUAGAGCAUUAAUUUGGUCCCAAUUCACAGGUUGUGUGUUUGGCUGUCUGUGAUGCUUGAAGUGAGCCUGGGGCGCAGUGACAGGCCGAUGGUGGAAACAUGACUUCUGAGUAACAUUGACUUUUUCUGCUCAGUAUGAACAGCGAGGAGGAGUUCUACGACGCUGAGACAGGGCUGGAGUCAGAUGAUUCCUGUGAGGUCAGUUUUAAAGAUGCCCUAGUGUUUGACAGCAAGCAGGUAACCAGUGGCAGUAGGACACAGGAGAAUGGAGUGUGGGAGCGCAGGAAAGCUCUGCCUGCCGAAAUGAUCUCCAGGAACAACUUCAGUGUGUGGAAUAUACUGAAGAAAUGCAUUGGCAUGGAGCUGUCCAAAAUAGCGAUGCCGGUGGUGUUUAACGAGCCGCUGAGCUUUCUCCAGAGAAUCUCGGAGUACAUGGAGCACACGCACCUCAUCCACAAAGCCUGCAGUUUGUCUGACUCCAUUGAGCGCAUGCAGGUUGUUGCUGCAUUCGCUGUUUCAGCUGUGGCAUCUCAGUGGGAAAGGACUGGAAAACCAUUUAAUCCUUUACUGGGGGAGACAUAUGAACUCACAAGAGAGGAGGAGGGCUACAGAUUGAUCUCAGAGCAAGUGAGCCACCACCCCCCGAUCAGUGCCUUCCAUGCCCAGUCUCUGAAGCAGGAAUUUGAGUUUCACGGCUCCAUCUACCCCAAGCUGAAGUUCUGGGGCAAGAGUGUAGAGGCCGAGCCCAAAGGCACCAUGACGCUGGAGUUACUGAAGCAUAAAGAAGCAUACACAUGGACAAACCCUAUGUGCUGUGUGCAUAACAUCAUCCUGGGAAAGCUUUGGAUCGAGCAAUAUGGAACUGUGGAGAUAGUUAAUCACAGCACGGGGGAUAAGUGUGUGCUAAACUUCAAGCCAUGUGGCAUGUUUGGAAAAGAGCUGCACAGAGUGGAGGGUCAUAUCCAAGACAAGAGUAAGAAGAAGCGGCGUGUGAUCUACGGGAAGUGGACAGAGUGCAUGUACAGCGUGGACCCCAAGGUUUACGAAGCCAACAAGAAGGCUGACAAGAAGUCAGGGGGAGAGUCAAAGAAGCUGAAGCAGGAACAUAGCACCGAAAGCGAGGAGGCAGAUGAGAUGCCAGAAGUUCAAGAGACUGUGACUGUGAUACCAGGAAGUGCCUUACUGUGGAGGAUCACACCGCGACCUGCUCACUCAGCACAGAUGUAUAACUUCACCAGCUUCGCCAUGACACUAAAUGAGCUGGAGCCCGGCAUGGAGAGGCUACUGGCACCGACAGACUGCCGGCUGCGGCCUGACAUCAAAGCUAUGGAGAACGGAGACAUAGACACGGCGAGUACAGAGAAAGAGCGGCUAGAGGAGAAACAGAGGGCUGCACGAAAGGAGCGCUCCAAGGAUGAAGAGGAGUGGUCGACCAGGUGGUUUCAGUUGGGAACAAACCCUCAUACGGGGGCUGAGGAUUGGCUCUACACAGGUGGAUACUUUGACAGGAGUUACACUGACUGUCCCAACAUUUAUUGACAAACGAGGUGCUGAGUGUCAAGCUCAAUCUGCAGCUCCGCCCUGAUUGGAUUUAUUUUGUCUCAGCGUCUAAGAUCUGGGUCUUUGUGAUGUCCAGACACUCACCGGUACGGUUUCAUCAUUAGAUACGAAAAACUGAUAUCAAAAUGUCAAUAAUGUAUCAGACGGAAAUUAUUUAUCUGCAAUUGAGCGUGAAAGUUAGUUCACAAGUGAAGUAACAUUGAGGAUGAUUUUUACUUGUUGAUGACACAUCAGCCAUCACGACUCUGACAUCAAUGGUCCCCAUGUUACUCGCCUCACAGAUGUUGCCUGUUCUAUCCAAGUUAUUUUGUAAAAAAUUCAGCAAUGUGAUCUCUGGAGCGGUGGCCGCGCCGCUGUGGAAUAUAAAGCUUUGACUUCUCAAUAAUACGUUGGCCGUUUGAGUUGAGGUACUCAAUCACAGUCGUACAUCUAGAUGUACCACACACUUCUGUCAAGGUACAUUCAAAUAUCAGGGGUUACUUACACACAUCUGCUACUUUUAUAUAAUCUCUUUGAAUAUUAGAUGUCUAUUUUAGUUAGCACUAAACCAUCACUUAAACAUCACAAGUGUGAUUAUUUUCUGUGACUAGAGAACUAGAAAUGAAAGCUGCUUAUAACAAUGUUUACUUGCACAGUAAACAGAAAUAUUGUUGGUAAAUUAUGUUGUUGACAGCUGUAACAUAUAGAUAAUGUGCAUAAUACGUUGGUGCAUGCAUGGUCACCAAGACGAUUAUUUACACACCUUAAAGCCAUAAACCGGUGGUCUGCACUGAACAAAAUACUGUAAAUGAUUCAUUUAAAUUGCUAAGUAAAGGGAUGACAGAAGGCAGAGCAGAUUGGUUUGGCUCACCAGGUGACAAUGGGACACACAGAGAAACCUCUGUCAGACUUUCAUAUUGACUCUUGAUAUCACCCAUUUGUCUGUGGAUGUGGACGACACAGUUGCUCUGACCGUGGCACAGUUUGACUUGUUAAUGACCCUCCCGUGACGGAGGCCUCAGAUCUGCUCAGUUUCCAGUUCCGGGUCCUGCUCCAAACAAAGCUGAUUGGCAGCAAAUGAAACAGGACACCUUUUCAAUGUCACAAACCUAUGCAAACAGCCAUCUCCAUUCAGUCUUCCCUCCCGAAAUGUGAAAAAAGAAACACUCUGAUCCUUUUAGCUUGUAUCCAAUGUGUGCUUAAGAUACCUGUUGAAAUGAAUGUUCUAGUUUUGUGCUAAUAAUAUCAUGCUUACAUACAGUAUGGUUGUUAUAGGGUAGAGAUGCUCCUUUGUUUUUUUGGUUUCCAAGCACUAAUUUUUGCAUAAAACUGCACAUCUGUACACCUCCAGUCCCAUGCACAUACUGUACAGUGAUAUAUGUUGCCCAUGUUCCCGAGCUCCCCUCAACGUACUGAAUGAAUUCAAUGCACUUUGAGAUGAGACGACUGCAGCCGCUCACAGGUUCAAGUCCCUUUUGUCAAUGUCUGCCAUUCAUUUGGAAAUGUUUACAUCCUGUGUUCCUUGCUUUUUCUCCUCUUCCUGUUCAUGUUUUUUCCCCCCAAUACUAAUACAGAGCACCACAAUUUACACAACUACACCUUUAGCAACAUACUGUAGUACAGAAAGCAUACCUCCUGCCAUUGUAUUGUAUAGGCCAUAUGCAUACAAAAGAGUAUUUAAGAAAUAAAUUAUGGACUAUUAAAAUUA